AUGUGGGUUCGACAUCACUUGUUUCUUCAGGAAGUUGAAAGGUGCUGGAGGGAGGGAACUGGUACUAGUGGUAUGAUUAAUGUGCAAAUCAAACUUAGCCGGCUUAAGAGGAGCUUGAGAAUAUGGAAUCGAGUGGUUUUUGGAAAUAUUUUUGAAAGAUUGAAAAAAGCCGAAUUAGAGGCCAAGGAAGCUCUUGAAAGAUAUGAGCAGAACCCUCUUCCUGAGCUUAGAUCAGAAAUGAACAAAUCGGCAGCUGAGUUUUUGUUAAGGUUAAAGAUGGAGGAAGAUUUUUGGCAUCAGAAAGCGGCUCUGAAAUGUAUGGCGGAGGGAGACAGAAAUACAAGAUUUUUUCAAGGCUGGGUAAAACAAAAAUGGGUAAAAUCAAGAAUCCUCUCGAUUGAGGAUGGAAAUCAGACUCUAACUGAAGAUGUUGAUAUUCGAAGCUCGGCAGAAAAAUUCUUCAAAGGUCUUCUUUCAGAUGAUGUGGGAUUCUUAGAGGAGCUGGAUCUAGAAAUCCUCCCAACCCUCCCUUCUCAAGUGAACAUGGAGUUUUUUGAGAGGGCUCCUACUAUAGAUGAAAUAAGGAAGACCGUCUUUAGUAUCAAUGCAGAAAGCGCAGCAGGGCCGGACGGGUAUUCUGCCCUCUUUUUCCAGGCUUGUUGGGAAAUCAUGGGGGCUGACGUGGCUGCGGCGGUGCUGGACUUAUUUGCGGGAUCUCAAAUCCCAAGAGGUAUUGCGGCAACUUUAAUUGUUCUGGUUCCAAAAAAGGAAAACCCUACAAAAUUGGCUGAGUUUAGGCCGAUUAGUUUGUGCAACGUAAUGAAUAAGAUUAUAUCCAAGCUCCUUGCUUCAAGGAUGGCCCCUCUUUUGCCUUUGAUUAUUGCUCCUAAUCAAAGCGGUUUCAUCCAAGGGCGUCUACUAAGCGAUAAUGUGCUAUUGGCCAAGGAGAUGUUCCAUAAGAUAUGGAAAGGUGUGGCCUCACCAAAUAUGGUUCUAAAGCUGGACAUGGAGAAAGCUUAUGAUCGUGUCCAAUGGCCGUUUUUACUCAAAGUUUUAAGAAAGAUGGGCUUCUCGGACAGAUGGGCUCAAAGCUCAGCGAUUCUAGAGGUGAAAGAAUGCUUAAACCAUUACAUGGUGGUCUCGGGACAAAAAGUAAACGUGGGGAAGAGCUGUUUCUUUCUUGAUAAGAAGCAUAUCGCUUGGGCAAGAGAAGUGAAAGAGGUGCUAGAUCCUACAAAGGGGGCGUUGAGGCAGAUAGAACAAGUGAUGGCUCGCUUUUUGUGGGGAUCUUGUAAUUCCUCGAAGAAGACCCAUUGGAUUAAAUGGCAGAGAGUAUGCCUCCCUACCGAUGAGCGGGGUUUGGGUAUCAGAAGCUUGGCAGAUUCAGUAGAGGCCUUUAGUAUCAAGAUGUGGUGGUGUUUUAGAGAGCAGGAUUCUCUGUGGGCUCGUUAUAUGUUCCAGAAGUAUUGCUCAAUCUCCUUCCCGAUAGUGAUGUAUAGAUCAAACAGGUUCAGCCCGAUGUGGAGGAGGCUGUUUAAGGUUGGAAAUAUUUGUCCGGAGCAGGUUCGUUGGGUUCUUGGAGAUGGCAACAUUAAUGUAUGGUAUGACUCCUGGGUCCUAAAUACACCCCUUGCAAGCUUGUGCAGCUCAAGCCCAACAUAUCCCUCGUUGAAAGUUAACGAACUCUGGGCGGGGGAGCAGUGGGAUGAAGAAAAGGUGAGACUACUGGUGGAGGAAGAGGGUUUUCCGGAGGAGAUUGCUGAGAAGAUUCUUCAAACGCCCUUUGAUAGGGGGGCUAGAGAUAGGGGACGUUGGAAGCUUUCUGGAAAUGGGGAUUUCUCAUUAGCUUCGGCUUGGGAGUUGGUAAGGAAUAGAGCAGGUAAGAGGCUGAUUUUUGAAAUGAUUUGGGGUAAAAACAUUGGAUUAUCAAUUUCGAUGUUCCUUUGGCGUCUUCUGGCAAAUAGGAUUCCUGUAGAUGCAAAGAUGCAAUGGAGGGGAAUUUCUCUUGCAUCGAAAUGUAGAUGUUGUGAAAAGCCGCAGGUUGAGUCAAGAUUACACCUAUUUGUUAAUGGCGAGGCAGCUAGAAGAGUGUGGCAACAUUUUGUGAGGUGGUUCCCACAGGUCCCGCCUUUCAUGGAAGAAGGGGAGAACAUUGAAUUGAGAUUUAGGUGGUGGCAAAGACAUUUGGGAAUUCGGGCUGGGUACCAUCUAUGCACCAUUAUUCCUUGCUUGAUUUUAUGGUUUAUCUGGUCGGAAAGAAAUGAAAAUGUGCACCGGGAGAAAGUUUUUGAAGUGGAGAAUGUGAUUAGGAGGGUUACUUCUCACUUGAGAAACUUGAUUUUGGCUAAGGUGUUAGAUCCAGAAAGUUGGGAGAACUGCUACCCGUAA